CGAACAGCUCGUGGUUGUUGCCGGAGAUGCUGCCAUCUGCCAUACCGCAGCCCUCCACCACCAUGCGCGCCGCCACCGUUCUCAGCAUUGUGCUGACGUUCAUCGUCUCCCUCGCCGCUGCUGUCGACGCUGAGCGAGAGGUCAAGGUCUUUGCCUGGCCGUCCUCCGCGGACAAGCCUCAACCGCUGGCAACCGUGUCCUACACCUCGAACAAUGCCUCCAUCAAGAGCUAUACCCCGCCAACGAUACCCACAAACGACGACGUUGUGCGUGUAGGCUUCUACCAUGACUCCGGAGACUGGUCCGCAGUCGCUACGUCCGCCUCGAACUUCGCGCCCGCCAAGUCAAAGAAGCUGCAACUGCACGUCAGACAGGACGGAGAGCUCUAUCAUCUCGGUUUCAAGACAUCAGAGCCAAUGAGCCAAGGCAAGGGAAGAAAUGCUGUGAAGGAUCUGAAUGUGGAGGUGAUCAAGAUCAAGACGGGCCCGAAGCCUGCGCUCAACAAGCCGAUUGUUGUCACGGCUGAUGGAGAGGUCGAAGGCAAAGAACCGGAGAAGUCAUUCUUACAGAAAUAUUGGUGGGCAAUUGCCUUGUUCCUAGUGGUGCAGGUCGUUGCUGGGGGCGGAAAAGCAGAAUGAGCAAGUCGCACAACUAACACCGGCAGCUCGCCUCAUAUGACCAGAGCCGUUACACGAACAAGUUGCUGUGGCUACUUUGGAAUUGUUGCUUGUUUGACUGGACCAUCAGCUCAGCAGCUCGGCGCAAGCUGGGAGAUACGGACUGAUAGCUUCUGCUAUGUGAGCACAAGGCGUGAUAGAGCAUCACGAGCUCUAGCAGCUCCAGAGUGAGCAACUCGAUGGAGAGGAGCGCAGGCGCCGCUGCGUCUAUCACCGAAUCACGACGAGGGGCAACUUCUUGCUGCGGCUUUCGAGCCUUCCCUCAUCUGCCAUGGCUGAUGGUCUCAGGAAGCUGAUUUGCGUGGAAAUAAGCCACCUGACCACAAGCGCAGGACGCCGUAUGAAUAAGCGCAACUCGGACAUGAGCUUUGGCACAAUCAACGGAUCUCAGCACAUGGACAGCCAAUGUUAAUGCAAAAAGCCGAGCCGCGAAAAGCACUACCAAAGCAAAAUUGCUGGUCAGUAUUAUGGCAUACUGCUUGCGGCAUCCCGAUUGUGAUGCGGAGAGAAGAUCUACAGCUACAGCGCCGCAAUUGACUACAUUUGGCUCUCCCCCAA